AUGAAAAUUGACACCAUUUCCACCAGAAUUGAGGCCCCGCAGAACUCUCUGGUUGAGAAACAUGAUGGAGGUCGUAGUUUGUGCUGGUCUUCAGAGGUAGAGAGUCACCACACUGGGACUGAGACAAGCUUGACUGAGAAGGGCAGUCCUGCCAGAGUACAAGGAGAAUUCCACCAUGAAGAUCGAAUAAUCACCAAUGUUCUCCUAUACCUAGGAUUUUUCUUCAUCGUCAUUUUUUUUGUGUGCAUGGAAUAUCAUAAUCAUGAGAAAAGGAAGAAAGAAGAGCAAGGUGAACCUAGGAAAGAAAAUGGAGAAUUGCAAAAGGAAAUUGAUCAGAGAAGAGCCCAAUUUAGGAAUGACUGGAAGAAUGCAUCAUUGUACCCUGACUGGAGGAAAGAAUUUUUCCAGGCUGCAAAUGUUAUUCUAGAUCCAGCCACAGCCCAUCCUGCACUCAUCUUGUCUGAAGAGAACAGAUGUGUAAGCUGUGGAAAGAAGCCUCAAGAUCUACCUAAGGACCCACAGAGAUUUAAUUCCCUUCCCUGUGUUCUGGGACACCCAGUCAUUACCUCAGGGAGGUGCUACUGGGAAGUAGACAUCAGAGAUAGUGGAGCCUGGGACCUGGGAAUAUGCAGGAAUAAUGUAAUGAGGCAGGGGAGGAUUUGUAUAAAACCUGAGGAUGGUUUCUGGGCCAUCAGGUUUUAUAAAGAUGAGUACUGGGCACUCACUUCUCCAGAAAUGCAGCUUACUGUAAGAGAGCACCCUACCAGAAUGUGUAUUUUCUUAGAAUAUGAGGAUGGACAUAUCUCAUUCUACAAUAUGACAGAUAAAUCCCACAUUCACACCUUCUCUCAAGGUUCCUUUAAUGGGUCUGUAAGGCCUUUUUUCAGGCUUUGGCUCAAUGAUUCAAAACAUUUGACCAUCUGUCCAGUGCCUGAAGCAUAACCCUUACUGUGAUCCCUCCCCUAUAUUAGCAGCAUCCUAAGACCUGCAGGUCAGUCUGGAUUGAAGUAUGAGGACCUGACAUGAAUUCUAUAUCGGAAAUAAAUUAUUUUUUC